UUUAGUUUAGUUAACAACAAAAACAUCAACAACAACAACAACAACAAGGAACAACAAUAAAGCAUUCAUUAUGGUGGUCUUUGGCAUGCUCUCGGCUGUGUCCAGCUACGUCAAGAUACGAAAUCUGCUGGACAGGGCGGUCAUCGAUAAUAUGGUCUUUCGCUGCCACUACAGGAUUACGACAGCCAUCCUCUUCACCUGUUGUAUCAUCGUGACGGCAAACAAUCUGAUCGGUGAUCCGAUAAGCUGCAUCAACGAUGGCUCUAUACCGAUGCACGUGAUCAACACAUUCUGUUGGAUCACUUACACCUUCACGAUACCCGGCCAGCAGCAUCGACAGAUUGGCACUGAGGUCGCCGCUCCGGGUUUGGGUAAUGAGUAUGGCCAGGAGAAGCGCUAUCACAGCUACUAUCAGUGGGUGCCCUUUGUGCUGUUCUUUCAGGGUCUUAUGUUUUAUGUGCCACAUUGGAUCUGGAAGAACAUGGAGGAUGGCAAAAUUCGCAUGAUAACCGAUGGACUGCGUGGUAUGGUCUCUGUGCCCGAUGGAUAUCGCAAGGAACGGCAGAAUCGCAUUAUUAAAUACUUUAUGGAAAGUCUCAAUUCGCAUAACGGCUACUCCUUUGCGUAUUUCUUCUGCGAGCUGCUGAACUUUAUCAAUGUGAUUGUCAACAUCUUUAUGGUGGAUAAGUUUCUGGGCGGUGCUUUCAUGUCCUAUGGUACUGAUGUCGUCAAGUUCUCGAACAUGGAUCAGGAUAUGCGUUUCGAUCCCAUGAUUGAGGUUUUUCCAAGACUAACAAAGUGCACGUUCCGUAAAUAUGGUCCCAGUGGAUCGAUACAAAAGCACGAUACACUCUGUGUGCUGGCUCUCAAUAUUCUCAACGAGAAGAUCUACAUUUUCCUAUGGUUCUGGUUUAUUAUACUGGCAACAAUUUCUGGCGUAGCUGUGCUCUAUUCUUUGGUGGUUAUCAUGAUGCCCACCACACGCGAGACAAUCAUCAAGCGCAACUAUCGCUCGGGUCAACGCAAGGAAAUCGCUGGACUUGUUAGGCGUUUAGAGAUUGGCGACUUCUUGAUAUUGCACUUGCUUAGCCAGAAUCUUAGCACACGAGCGUACAGCGAUAUGCUGCAACAGCUAUGCAGCCUGCUGGGUGCCUCACGCACGCCCUCGGCCCCUUCGACACUAGAAAUGAAUCCCAUUAGCCAUCCAAUUUAUCCGCCUGUGGAGACUUUUGGCGGCAAAGAGACCGAAACAUAGGCGCUACGCACAUUUUGGGCGCUAAUUAUUUUCAAUGAUUUCUCAAUAAUAUUUGUAGACAGAGUUGUGAGGCAAUUGGAUGUUUUUUUUUUUUGUAAGUGUUUAGCAGCUUUCUAGGCAUUUAGGCUUUUCAAUUAUGUGUAUGUACAUCUCUAAGACUGUUUUUUAAGUGAAACAUGAAUUUGAGGAAACGUCGUCAGCAAAACAAAAUUCUUUAGCAAAAUUUUUUCUCCUUAUAUAAAGCAAAUUUUUUAACUACGUCCCCAGACAAGGACAAAAGCCGUUAGACACAUACACACCCACCCACACACAAACACACACACACACUUGGAGGGGGAGUCAAUGCGAGUGAGAAAGUGCAGGAGAGAGUGAGAGAUAGAGAGAAAGAUAUAUAAAUAUAUAUAUAUACACACACAGGCAGACCGUGCAAUUUGUAGGUUGGAUUGUGAAUGAUAAUGAAGUUAAAUUAUCCGAUAUGCUUAUACAUACUACUAAAUACAGCUUGUAUCCGUAGUAACGUUAACGUUAACAAUGAUGCGCCAUUUAAAUAUAUACAAUUUAGUUUACCGCUUA